AUGCCGACCCUGGCGGUGAACAACUUCAACAUCGGCCUAUCUGUCCUAGGGGGAUGGGUCUCGUUGUUUGGACUGGUCUCGUUCCUGUGCAAGGAGCAUUUCUACCUGUCCGAAGCAUUAAUAUCGCUUUUGGCCGGCGCGGCUUUCUCCCCCCAUGCCUCCAACCUCAUCAGACCUCUGGAAUACACCGGAUCUCAGGAGGCUUUAGACUCGGCUACCCUCUAUUUUUCUCGCCUUGUGCUCGGCAUCCAGCUAGUCAUUGCUGGAAUACAGCUCCCGGGCCGGUAUCUCAGAAAGGAAUGGAGGCCACUGGCUCUCCUGCUCGGUCCGAUCAUGACGGCCAUGUGGCUCACCACGAGCCUCCUUAUUUGGGCCUUGGUCCCUAACCUGCCCUUCCUGCACGCGCUGGUCAUAGGGUCAUGUGUAACUCCCACCGACCCAGUCUUAUCCAAUGUCAUCGUCAAGGGAAAGUUCGCCGACCGGAACGUGCCGAAGGAACUCCAGGAUAUCAUCACUGCCGAGUCCGGUGCGAACGAUGGUUUGGGGUACCCCUUCCUGUUCCUGGCCCUAUACAUCAUCAAGUACACGGGCAACGGAGCAGGAUCAGCGCCAGGAGGAGCGGGUAUGGCGAUGGGCAUGUGGUUCGGUGAGAACCUGGGCUAUACGAUCAUCUUAUCGGCAAUCUAUGGCGCUGUUGUGGGAUGGGGGGCGAAGGAGCUCCUGCACUGGGCUGAGAAGCGCAAGUUUGUUGACCGCGAGAGCUUCCUCGUCUUCGCCUUCUCGCUUGCCCUUUUUAUCGUCGGCACAUGUGGUAUGAUCGGAAGCGAUGACGUCCUCGCAUGCUUCAUUGCAGGGAACACCUUCACUUGGGACGACUGGUUCCGCCUGGAGACCUUGGACGACUCCCUCCAGCCCGCCAUUGAUAUGCUUCUGAAUAUCGGUAUCUUUAUAUGGUACGGUGCGGUCGCCCCUUGGCAUCAAUUCCUCGCCAACGACGUGAUACCGCUCUACCGACUCGUGCCACUGGGCAUCCUCAUCUUGCUCUUCCGGAGAUUGCCUUGGGUGUACGCCAUCCACAAGAAGAUCCCCCAGAUCGAACACGCCCGCCAAGCCAUAUUCGUCGGAUUCUUUGGUCCGGUCGGAGUGUCUGCUAUCUUCUACCUGUACAUCACCCUGGAGUUUUUGGAGACACUGAGAGGUGACAAUGGGGAGCUAAGGCCAGAUGGAGGCGUUUGGGCCGCCGUUGGGACAGCUCCUUCAGCGGAACCCCUUCCGGCACAGGAAGAUCAGCAGAUACAAUCUCCUCCAGAACGCCCUGGGCCACCGGUCUCCUCGUGUGACCGCCCGAGGGGCGAAAUAGGGACGAGCAGGUCGCAUGUGCUUGGGCAAGAGGUCGACAGUGCUCCUUCGCCUCCGCAGCUCGCUUCUCGGGCCGCCUCAGGCCUGGCAAGCCGUACCAUCCGGUUUCCUGAUGAGGCGCGUGGUGGUGGUGAUUCUUGA